AUGGAGACUAAGGUGGCACGUGAUCAUGCAGAGCGGUUACGUGUUAAAAUCGGUUACGAAGGACUCUUUUAUGUUGACAGUGAUGGGCUAAGUGGUGGAAUUGUGCUACUGUGGAAGAAGAAUAGUACGGCUCGGCUAAUCAGUUACUCAACGAACUACGUUGAUGUUGGGGUAACUAUUCCUGGCUUUCCUGAAUGGCGAAUGACAGGUUAUUAUGGAUUUUCUGAACGAACACGACGUGCGGAGUCAUGGGAUCUUUUGAGAACGCUGUCGGGUAGUUCAAACCUCCCCUGGGUUGUUAUUGGAGAUUUUAAUGAUUUGUUAUAUCAGAAUGAGAAGAGAGGGGGAAAUCCGCAUCCGAAUAGCCUCCUAUGUGGCUUUGGGGAAGCUAUUGAGGACUGUGGUCUUGCGCAACUGCCUAUGGUUGGCUAUCCUUACACAUGGGAGAAGGGGAAGGGGACAGCAAACUGGAUGGAGGAGAGGCUCGAUAAAGUUCUAGUAACGGACGAGUGGCGGGGUAUGGUGAUGGGGGCUAAGGUGUUGAAUCUGAGAACUCGGAAGUCUGACCACUCGGCUCUCUUUCUGGGGAUUCAGGACUCCGGUGGGGGUGUUGGGCCUCGCAGAAGGGGUUUUCGUUUUGAGAUGGCCUGGUUGCAUGAUGAGGGGUGCAUAAGGGUGGUAGAGCAGUCCUGGCAGGAGGGGAGGGGCCAGGGUUUGCAGAGCUGUAUUCAGUAUUGUGGGACCCAGUUAACACGAUGGGGUGGAGACCGGUACCAUAAGUACGGAAAACGGAUUAAUGAAUUGACAAGAGAGCAGCAGCGUCUGAGGGGGCGUACUGACCCGGCCUCCCUAGCUGAGUUUCAGCGCCUAGAACAGCUGUUAAGCUGUGCAGAAGUUCAGGAGGAUACAUACUGGAGACAGAGAGCCAAGCAACACUGGCUUAAGGAGGCUGACGCGAAUACGAAGUUUUUCCACAGGUAUGCCUCUCACCGAAAAAAGAAGAAUACUAUUACUAGAUUGAUGAAUGAUAAUGGGGAUUGGGUUGAGGGGGAGCCUAUGAAAAAUAUUAUUCUGCAAUAUUAUAAUCGUAUUUUCUCUGCUGGAACCCCCGGAACUUGGGAGGAUUUCUUUGAGGGAAUUGUCCCGCGAAUCACGCAGGCACAGAAUGAGUCUUUGUUGCGUCCGUUUGAACUGGAUGAGGUUAAGAGUGCACUGUUUGCGAUGUUUUCGGACAAGGCACCAUGUCCGGAUGGAAUGAAUCCAGGAGGGUCUAUCUUUGAUGUUGCAUCAGGCACAUACUGUGGGAUCGAUGCAUGGCUGCAGGGUAGCAAGGGGAGCCCCCCGAUUUCUCACUUAUUUUUUGCAGAUGAUAGUUUACUGUUUUUUAAGGCCAAGGCGGAGGAAGCAACUGAGGUUAAAAGGUGUCUGUCUGUUUAUGAGAGUUUAUCCGGGCAGGCGGUAAAUUACCACAAGUCGAGUAUAUGUUAUAGCAGAAAUACUAGUGAGGAAAAUAGACAAGAUGUGGCUCAGAUUUUGGGUGUGGCACAGGCACCGAAUUAUGGCAAGUAUUUGGGACUCCCCUCUUUUAUUGGAAGACACAAAAAAGCAGUUUUUGCGUAUGUGGAAGAUAAAAUCCGUCAAAGGAUUGGAUCAUGGAAUAAAAAACUGCUAUCACAGGCAGGGAAAGAAAUUCUUUUGAAAACUGUAGCACAAUCUAUGCCAACGUUUUCAAUGAGUGUUUUCUUGUUACCUGUAUCAGUGUGUACGGCGAUAGAAAGAAUGAUGAAUCGUUACUGGUGGGAUUCUGGAACUGACAGGCGAAUACACUGGAAGGCAUGGGAUAAGCUAUGUGUACCAAAGAAAUAUGGUGGGCUAGGAUUUAAAGAGGGAGAAUGUUGA